GGUUAUGUGUCUGAACCAGGAGAACAAUGCCUGUGUGGGAAUUGGAAUAGUGCUGAUUUCUUUGGUGCCACUCUGGUAGUUCACUGAUUUUUGUACUGCAGUUUCAGAAAUACAUCAUGCAAGCAGCAAUUCCAGAGGAAUUGAGCAUAAACAUGCUUUAAUUAGGGCUGUCCUUAAGCUGAUUACUUGUUUGUGACUUCAAGUGUCUUUGUUGUAGCUGAAAGCUCAAAUCAAGAGCAAAGCUUGGCAUAAAUGUCUGAUACAGUCCUGGUCACUUUCGACUGUAAGCAGCUGCAGUGCUGAAGUGUUUGAAGGAGAGUGGCCUCCAUCCUGUGCCACAGCUUCUGCUCUGCAAUGGCUGUGAAGACCUUCAUGAGACCAAGAGGGCUGAAGUCUCUGCUCAUGGUUGUGUAACAAGGAGCCAUCAUCUGCUCCUGCACUUUCUGCAUGACUUCCUCAGUACUGAAGUGCACACCACUGAGAUGCUGUCCUGGAUGCAGGGUCUUGCCCUGGAGAUGCAGUAUCAAUGGAUACAUUGUGUUUGGGUACCACCUCUGGCUGAGGUUGUGCAGUGCAAGCCUGUGAAGCAUCUUGGGGAAGAUGAAGCCUCCAAUGGCCUUGGUCUGUUUUGGAAUCUGCUCAGUUUAAAAGUACCUGAGAAUUUCUACCCACAUUUGCCUAUUGUGGUGCAAAUCAGAGGACAAUGAAUCAUUGGUGCUUUCUGCCCAUCUUCACACUGCCCAACAGUUUCUUUUCCUUCUUGUGUUUAAUGGGAAAAACUCGAGCCUGCCGUGUAGCUCACUCUUCGCCACAUUCCCCUCCCUGAGCCAUUCCACAGUACCUCUAUUUUUGUGUCUUGGUUGUUGGUUGUUUUUUUUCCCCCUUUAUGUGACAUAUGUCACUUUUGGAGUGCUUUUACCCGUUCUGGUUUGAAGCUGCCCAUUUGUGUCAUGAGAAUCACUCAAUAAUCCCAGACUUACAGAAGAUGACUCAUAUGCUUCGGAUACAUUUUUAUGGCCGCUCUUGGCUCAUUAUUGCAAGAGUUUAAGGGUAGUAAUAUGAGGUAUUGCAUUAAUUGUUGCAUCCAUUUAUUACCAAAUGACUUACACAGACAGUGUUUCAGAUGCUGUGGGCCUAAUCAUCAUAACCAGAAGUGUCCUGUCUGCAAAGGAGGAAACAGGAUCCCUCUGUACACCGAUAGCAAGCAGAUGAAGUUGCUUGCAGUGUUGGAAGUAAGGACUGAUCACAGGGAAAGCUGGAAUGGAUUUUUCUGCUUGAGGAAGGGGAAGCUAUGCAGCUUAAUAUUUGGACUGAUUAUAAUGACUCUAGUGAUGGCAUCCUACAUCCUGACUGGGGCCAAACACGGCCUGCUGUUAAUACCAUCUCCCUUCCAUUACAGAGCCUUUGCUAGCAACCCAAGCUUAAUGGACAAUGAAAGCCUUAGUGACAUGAAAGACCAUUACCAGCCUUCUAAAAUGAAUGUUUCAUAUGUGAAGGAUUAUCCAAGCAUUAAGUUAAUUAUUGACACUAUUACUUCAAAGAUAGAGUUUAUGAGAAGACAGCGCCCUGAUUUAGAGGAGCUGAGGAAACAAGAGCCACAUAUGUUUUCAGUCAUUCCUACCAAAUUCCUUCCGAACAGCAAGAACCCUUGCUGGUAUGCAGAGUACAGAGGGAACUCGACCACAGACCCUUACGCGACCAACUCCUAUGCACUGUAUUCCAAGCGCUUUCGGAUCAUAUUCGAUUACCUCAGGAAGGUGUUCUGGAACCACCUGUACCACUACCAGGGCAGGCACUACCGCCUGCGCUGCCUGCCCCACUUCUACAUCAUCGGCCAGCCCAAGUGCGGCACCACAGACCUCUACGACCGCCUCAGGCUGCACCCCGAGGUUCGCUUCUCUGCCAGCAAGGAGCCGCACUGGUGGACGCGGAAGCGGUUCGGCAUCAUUCGCCUGAGGGACGGGUUCCACGACCGCUACCCAGUGGAGGAUUACCUGGAUCUGUUCGACCUGGCAGCACAUCAGAUUCAGGGAGUGCUGCAGGGCGAAGCGGCGAAGGAGCACGGCGCCACGAGCAACAUCAUCAUCGGGGAGGCCAGCGCCUCGACCAUGUGGGACAACAACGCCUGGAUCUUCUUUUAUGACAACAGCACUGAGGGAGAACCUCCCUUCUUAAUCCAGGACUUCAUCCACGCCUUCCAGCCAAAUGCCAAGCUCAUCAUCAUGCUGAGAGACCCCGUGGAAAGGUUGUACUCGGAUUAUCUCUACUUUGCAAGUGCCAAUAAAUCUGCAGAAGACUUCCACGAGAAGGUGUCAGAGUCCCUGCAGCUGUUUGAAAGCUGUGUGCUGGAUUUCUCCCUGAGAGCCUGCGUCUACAACAACAGCCUCAACAAUGCCAUGCCCGUCAGGCUGCAGGUGGGGCUCUAUGUCGUGUAUCUUUUGGACUGGCUCACAGUGUUUGACAAAGACCAGAUUCUCGUUCUUCGCUUGGAGGACCACGCUUCAAAUAUGAGAUACACCAUGCACAUGGUGUUCCGGUUCUUGGAUCUGGGACCACUCAGUGAGAAGCAAGAAGCUAUAAUCACAAAGAGUCCUGCGUCCAACACCAGGCGACCUGAAGACAGAAAUCUGGGACCUAUGCUGCCAACCACCAAGGCAAUCUUAAGAGAUUUCUAUAGGCCUUUUAAUACAAAACUGGCACAAGUUCUUUUUGAUGAUGCUUUUUUAUGGCAGAGGACAUGACCUGUAAAUUUCCUGUCACAAACACAGUGCUUACAGGAGUUUUUAUUUUUUUAACUUCUAUUUUUGUGCGUGGAUAUUUACACCGUCCCCGUUCCAAAGAGAAGCAGGGAGAGAGCCAAGACUCUCACCUUCAGUCAGCACACUUCACCACAGUUACACCACAGUCUCCUGAGGAGAAUGCAAAGCAUCUUGCCUUUCAGUUUGUUACAACCUCUUUUACCUCCGACAGAAGAGUGGAGAGCAUUGGUUCAGUGAUGAUGUCUUACACUCUCCACGGGGUCACUGAAGUUUAACCUUCUCUAAGAUGCUGCAGCACUGAACUGGCAUCAACCUCCUCCAGUUACACUUAUAAUCUCAUUGCCAAUAUAUGUUAUCCAUUCAGUUUUUCAAACUAUCAAUGUCAUUUAGCCAUUAAAAUUUUUAAUUGAAUUCAACUUAAAA